AUGAAUGAGGAAGAUAUCAUGCAGAUGGCUGCCUUGGUUGUGAAAACCUUCAAGAAGAUUGGAUACAAGAACUUUGGAAAGAAGAAAAGGUUCUCAAGGAAGGUCUCUCUUACUGAGCAAAAGAGUUUCAAGAAGACUAAGGGCAAGGACAACAAAUCUGGGAAGCUGGACAAGUCCAAGGUCAAGUGCUACAAUUGUGGAGAGAUGGGACACUUUGCACCUGAGUGCAAGAAAGGAAAAACUGAGAAGGCUCUCAUCUCCAAAGGCAGGAAUUGGGCAGAAAAUUUAGACUCUAAGGAGGAAGAAGUCAACUAUGCUCUUAUGGCUACCACAAAUGAAGAGCCGGGGACUUCUGAUGUGAAGGUACCCCAUACAACUCAUGCUUUUGAUACAGAAAAUAUAUAUGAGUUAAGAAUUUUUCUUAAAAGCAUGCAUGUUAGUUAUAGAGAUCAGACUUUAGAAAAUGAGAGAAUAAAGUUUGAGAAUUCUGAUUUAAUUAAAAGGAAUGACUACCUUGAGAAAGAACUAGUCAUGAUGCUAGAAAUUCAGAAAGAGAAAGAUGAGGCUGUACUUAUAAAACAUGAGCUCUUUAAGAAAUUUGAAUAUCUAAAAUUAGAAUUAGCAAAAGAGAGAAAAGUCAUUAAAACCUGGACUCAUUCUGGUAAAAGUACAUGUGAAGUGUUUCAGAAUGAUACUGGAGGCUUAGGUUACAUAGAGGAAGAUGAACUAAGGUUUAAGAACUCUGUGAAAGCUAGAACACAUUUACCUUCUAGGUAUACUCAGCCUUUAAAAUUCAAACCUGAACCUAUAAUGAGAGACUCUGAAAUAGAAAAAGAUAAAUCCUCUACUAAGGUAGAAAAAGAAGAGAGUCUAGAAAAGCCUAAGGGCAACAGGAAGAACAUCCUAGUUCUGGACAGUGGAUGCUCAGGACACAUGACAGGAAACAAGGCCCUACUGUCAGAGUAUGUGGAGAAAGCUGGCCCAAGUGUUUCUUAUGGAGAUGGCAACAUAGGAAGGACUCUGGGAUAUGGAAAUAUCAAUCUUGGAAAUGUCAUCAUCACUAAUGUAGCUCUGGUCUCAGGACUCAAACAUAAUCUGCUUUCUGUGAGUCAAAUCUGUGACAGAGGUUAUCAUGUUGAUUUCUAUGAUGAGCACUGUGAAGUUGUGAGUAAAUCUACAGGAAAAGUUGCUCUGAUAGGAAGCAGGCGUGGUAACAUUUAUGAAACAGACUAUCAACAAACUCUGAUGAAGAAGCUUGUGAGAGGACUACCAGAUUCACUUCUUACUCCAGAUGGCCUGUGUGAUUCUUGUCAAAAGGCCAAACAAAGAAAAACAUCUUUCAGGAGCAAGACUGAGUCCUCUAUUGACAAACCAUAUCAUCUUCUACAUGUAGAUCUAUUUGGUCUAGUAAAUGUUAUGUCCAUUGGUAGGAAGAAAUAUGCUCUAUUGAUCGUUGAUGAGUACACAAGGUACACCUAG